AUGGAAAAAAAAUGGAUACAAGAAAAGUGUGUCGAAUAUAAUCUAAGAAAAAUGAAACAUGAUCAAAAAAUAAAUGAAAAGGACAAUAAUGCUAUCCAUAAAAAUAGUUGUCAUACUAUUGAAGAAACGGAUGAAAAAUAUAAAAAAAAAAAAGAAACAAUAAUAAUAAAUAAUAAUUAUGGAUUCAUAAAUAAAAAUAACAAUAUAAAAAAUAAACACACUGAAUGUAUUAACAAUAAUGUUAAUAAUUUACAAUAUAAUAAUAUACAAAGUAAUAAUACUUUUAAUGUAUCACAAAAAAAUUAUAUAAAUGACACACAAAUAUUUAAUGAUGAUCUAAAAUUAAAAGGUGAAUCACACAUUAGUUAUAUUCCUAAUAAUAUAUGUAAAGAUGAGGAGAAACAAGAAAAUUAUAAUACUUUUUAUAACAACGAUAAUAUUGAGAGUAUUCAUAAUAAUGAUAAUUCUCAUUCUUUUUACAAGAAAGACAUAAUAUUGUUGAAGAAUAAAAAGGAAAAUUUAAUUAAUAAGAAUAUGUCUUUAAAUAAAUCUAUAUCCAUUAAUAAUAUAAAUGAACCAGAGGAACAUAUAAAAGAAAAAUUCAUAAACAAUAAGAUAUCCAACGAAAUAAAUAUAAAUAAUAAUCAUAAUAAUAAUAAUAAUAAUUAUGGUGAUGAUGAUUAUAAUAAUUAUUAUUCAUAUAAUAAUAUAAAUAAUAAUAAUAAUAAUAAUAAUAAUAAUCAAUUGUUAACACAUGAUAAUUUGUGUGAUUAUAAAGAUAUAAAUAUUAUGAAAAAUAAUAUAGAAGAUGAAAAUUUAAAAUUAAAAACAAACAAAAAAACAAAAAAUUUAACAAAUGAUCAUAUAAAUAAAUCUUAUUAUGAAAAUAUAAAAAAUAUAGAUAGUAAUAAUUGUAUGUCCUUUGUAGGUAAUAUUUAUCAAUUAGAUACUAGAGCUCCUAGUGUUUCUCAAUCUAUUGCAUAUAAUACUUCAAAUUAUUUUAUUGAAAAUGAAAAAAUAAAACAUAUACAAAAUGAUAAACAAAUAAAUAAUGAGGACAUCAAAUGUGAAGACCAUAAUAAAAAGGAAUAUAUAUCUGAUCACAAAAAUAAUAUUAAUAAUAAUUCAAAAAUUGAUAUGUAUGCUAACAACGAUAAUAAAGAAAUAUAUAAUUAUCAAGAAAUAUCUGAUAAGAUAGAACAAAAUAAUUACACUAUAAGAAAUAUUAAUAAUGUAAAUAAUAAUACUUAUAAAUCAAUUAAUCAACAAAUGGUAUAUGAUUUUAAAAGUGAUAUGCUAUUAACAAGACAAAAAAAAAAUUUGAAAUUAAAAAAAAAAAAAGAACAGAAAAAGGAAAAGCUAAAGGAAAAUGAUGAAGAAAAUGUAAGGGAGAAAGAACAAAAUAAAGAAUAUGAAAAAUAUGAAAAAAAUGAAAAUAUUCAAAAAAAUGAAAAUAUUCAAAAAUAUGAAAAAAUUGAGCAAAAUGAAAAAAUUAUAAAAAAGAUAGAUAAAAUAAAUAAAAAGAAACGUCUGAAACUUACCAAUAAAUAUAAUAAUAAUUAUAAACUUUUUAAAAGUUUUGUCUUUUCACUUAAUAAUCCAAUUAAUUUUUCUCCUUCAUCAAAAGAACAAGAUUCAGCUUAUAUGAAAUAUAAAAAUUUAAAAAAUGAAAAAUAUGAUUUAAUGAAUAAGGUCUCCACAUAUAAAAAAUUUGAUCAAAUUUUCUUUUCCGAGGAUUUUAUUACAUAUGAUUUUCAAUGGUUUGAAUCAGAUGGUGUUGUAUCUUCUUAUGCAUAUGACUUUUCCUUUUUUGAUGAAGCUGACAAAUCCAUGGUAUCCUUAGAUAUCAUAGAUAAAGAUGAAGAGCAUGACACCGAGAAGUCUAAUAAUUCUUAUAACUCUCAUAAUGAUCAUUCCAUAUUACAUACACAUAUACAUAAAACUAAUGAGGAUUAUACAAAGGAUGAAAAUCAUCUAAAAUAUAAUAUAGAGCCACAUAUAAACAAUGAUAUAUCUAAUAUGAUUCAUAUGAAUGAUUACCAGAAAACAGAACAAAAUAAUAAAAACAAUAUAGAUGAAGAUAAAAAUGUAUAUAUGCAAAAUGAAAAUGAUUUCCUAAUUAUGUAUUCCAAAAUAAUUAAUAUAAGUUUUAUAUAUUCUCCUGAUAUGUUAAAACAUUAUAAUCAUCCAUCUAUUAAUUUGUUUAAUACAAAUAAAACAGAUCUUAUAACAACAAAGGACAAGAAUAUAAUAUAUACUAAUAAGAAUGAAAAAGGUAUAGAUAAAACAUUUAAUAUAACAAAUAAUCAGACAAAUAUAAAAUUAGAUAAUAAUAGAAAUAAUGUCAAACUACAGAAACAAAGUGGAGAAAUAUUUGAUAAUACUCAAGUGGAUAGUAUAAAUGAAUAUGAUAUGAAAAAAUCAAAUAUUCAAAAAAAUAUUCUUGAAAUGAAUUCACAAGAUGUAUUUAUUUCAGAUAUUAAAGAAGAAAAAGAAAAAAAAAAAAAACUUUUAAAUAAUAAAAUAAAAAAACAUUUAAAUAGUAUGAAUGUAAGAAUUAUCAUAAAAGAAUGGUAUAUAGAUUAUGGAUUAUAUCCAAAUUCUAUUCCUUAUAUAUAUGUCAUAUCUACAAAUAAUAAUAGAUAUCGUCUAGAUAAACCAUUAGCUGAUUAUUACCAUAUUUUUACAAAGGUUAAGCAAAAAUUUGAAAUAACCACAAGGAUUCUCAAAACGUUACAAGUAUAUCCUAAUAUGUCUUAUAACAGGUUGAUGUCUUAUUUAACAUUAUAUAAUUCUAUAAAAAAAAAAAUGAAACUAAUAAAUGAAGAACAGCAAUCUUAUAUACCUAUGGGAUAUACAAAAAAUGAAGAAAAUGAAACACUUGAAGAAAUAGAAAAAUGGGAUAAAAAUAUUAAAAAUGAUAUUAAUAUAAAAACAUCUAAUAUUUACAAUCAACAUUUUAGUGACAAAAUAAAAAAUGAUGAUUCAAUUAAUGAUGAUGAAAUACAUUAUCAAAAUAUUUCAAAUGAAGAUAAUUUAGAUAGAAAUAACAAUGAAUUUCUUAGUGAUAAUUUAUCUUAUUAUGAAAGUUGUACAUCCGAUUUUAAAGAAAGAGAUAUACAGAAUGAAGAAGUCAAUAAUGAAAUAAAAAAUAAAGAUACUAUUCAUACAAUGAGAAGAGAUAAAUAUGAUGUUAUUCCAAAAAAUAUGAAUUUAUCAGAAAAAAAUGGUACAGGUGUUUAUAUUAUGCCUGAUGGUACUAAAAGUAAAAAAUGUUCUUGGGGUGCACCUUAUGCUGUCUUUGAAUGUGAUAAAAAAAAAAUAAUUAAUUUAUAUUAUUUUAUAAAGAAGGAAAUAAAAUUGUUGGAAUGUUUUAAUAUUAAUCAUUUGUUGGAUACUCCUUUUAUGAAAACGUUAGAAGAAAAAUAUUAUGCUCAAUGUGUUAAGCUGCGUGAACAGAAAAAGAAAACUGUGCAACAUGAUGAUAUGAAUAUUAUUGGUAGUGCUGAUAAUGUUGAUGGUAAGGAUAUAAGUUUUAAUGUUCAAGAUAAGGAUAUCACUUCUAAUGUUCAUGAUAAGGAUAUCACUUCUAAUGUUCAAGAUAAGGACACCACUUUUAAUGUUCAAGAUAAGGACACCACUUUUAAUGUUCAAGAUAAGGACACCACUUUUAAUGUUCAAGAUAAGGACACCACUUUUAAUGUUCAAGAUAAGGACACCACUUUUAAUGUUCAAGAUAAGGACACCACUUUUAAUGUUCACGAUAAGGACACAACUUUUAAUGCUCAAGAUAAGGACACCACUUUUAAUGUUCAAGAUAAGGACACCACUUCUAAUAUUCAUGAUAAGGAUAUCACUUCUAAUGUUCUUGAUAAGGAGACCACUUCUAAUAUUCAUGAUAAGGAUACCACUUCCAAUAUUCAUGAUAAGGACUCCACUUCCAAUCUUCAUGAUAAGGAGACCACUUCCAAUAUUCAUGAUGAAUGUAGCAAUAUUCAUCACAAAGAUAAGAAUAACAUAUUUAAGAUAAAAAAUGUCACAUUAAAUGAACAAAAUAACAAUAUUGUUGAUAAGAAAAAUUCGAAUAUACAAAAUGAAUAUAAUAAAAAUGAUGAAUAUUCAAAAGAUACAUGUAUAUUAAAAAAUGAAGAAGACUUAAAAAUAGACAUAAUAAUAAAUGAAACGAAUAAAAAUAUAAUAAAUGAAGAACAUAUAAAUAAAGAUAAUAAAAUAGAAGAAAAGGAGUUUAACAUGAAGAUACAAAAUGAAAUAUCACAUUUUACAUUUAAUAAUAAUGUAAAUAAAAUUAGUGAAUUACCAUUACAUAUUAUAGUACCUUUAGAAAAUGAGAAUAUUUUAAAGAUUUGGUCUUUCUUCAAUAAUUUCAAAGAUGAUAUCUUCCAUAUUAAUAUACCUCUAAAAAAGAUAGAAGAUAUAUUUUUAUUCAAAAGAAAUAUAUUUAAUAAAGAAAUUAUUUAUUAUUCAAUUAUUAAUAGUACUUAUUUAAAAGAAUAUGUAGAAAAUCAUAAUUUGUUAUACAGAUUAUUCUUAAAAAUAUCGAAUAAUAUAAAUAAAAACAAAAAAAAUACAUUUACAAAUAUAAAUAUUAAAGACAAUAUUUUAAAAACCUUGUUAAUAUUAUUACAUUAUUCAUUAAUAAGAAAAAAAAAUUUAGAAGAUAUACAAAAGAGUGAAAGCAAUAGUAGUAAAAAAAUAAAAGAAAAAUAUAUAAUUAAAAAUGAGGAAUAUAAUAUAUAUCAAAUGAUGGAUGAAUAUGAAUUUCCUUUGAUGAAUAAUUUUUGUAAGUUGGAAUUUAAAAAAAAUAUCGAAAUGGAUACUGAAAAUAUUAUAACAGAUGAUAUUGAUAAUAAAAAUAUAAAUAGUGAUAAUAAUAUAAAUAGUGAUAAAAAUAUAAAUAGUGAUAAAAAUAUAAAUAGUGAUGAUAAUAAAAAUAACGAUGAUAAUAAAAAUAAUGAUGAUAAUAAAAAUAAUGAUGAUAAUAAUAAAAAUAGUGAUGAUAAUAAGGAAGAUACAGAAGAAAAAAAAAGAAUUAUUCCAAAUGAUAAAAUGUGCACAGAAGAAUAUAAAAUUAAAGUACUAUUAUUAGAAGAUAUUAAACGCCAAUGUAUAAGAUAUCAUAAUAAAAAUAAAAAAAAAUUCAUAAAAAAAUAUGAAAUGGAUACCUAUUCAUUAUAUAAUAGAAAUUAUGAAGAAAAUAUUUAUAGAAUUGCCACAAGAAGGAGAAAAAUAAAUAAACCUAUGAGAAAAAUGAGAGCAAUAAGACAAUUAAGACAAUUAAGAAAAAUAAGACAAAUAAGACAAAUAAAUGAAAAAAGAAAAAGAAAGAAGAAAAGAAAAAGAAGAAUAAGAAUAAGUAGAAGAAGAAACAAAAAUGAAGAAAAUGAUACUUGUUCAAUAACAGAUAAUAGAAAUAUGAACAUAUUAUCAAAUAAUAUAUCUAAAGGUUAUAUAUAUGAUAAUUAUAUAUACUCACAUAAAAAUAAUAAUAAUUAUAAUAAUUAUAUAUCAGAUACAUUAUCAUAUAUAAAUUCGGAAGAUUCUUUACAGCCUUUUACAAGAAAAAGAAGAAAAAAAAAAAAAAAAAAAAGAAGAACAAGAAAAAGAUAUCUAUACAAUGAUCUAUAUAAAUCACAAAAUGAAUAUAUGCUACCAAAAAUGGAGAACUUACAACAUAAAGAAAUGAAUAUAAAGCAAAGUUUGAAUAAUUAUAUUCCUCAAGAAAAUAGUAAUUAUAAUAAUACAUCAGAAAAAUAUAUUCAUAAUAAUAAUAAUAAUGAUGAUGAUGACAUAGGUUGUAACAAUAUAAAUUAUGAUAAUAACAAAUUCGAUCUUUUUAAUUAUGAAAAUACCGCUUUAAAUAAUACAUGUAAUUCUUUUUCAAGUGAAAAUUAUUAUGUGGAUGAUAAAACGGAUAUUAUUUUUUGUUCUAAAGAUACAGCCAAAUAUUAUAUGGAAUUAUUAAAUAAUAAACAAAAAGAUGAUAUAUUAAAUGAAAAAAAAAAUCAUGAACAAAUCAACAGUAUAAAUGAUAACGUAUUAAUAGAACAACAAAAUGAAAAUAUUUGUAAAAAUGAAAAAAAUAUGAAUCAUAUAAAUGAUGAGCUAAUUGAAGAAAAAAUAAAACAAUAUGACAAGGAAGAUGUUAAAGAAAAUUUAAAUCAAAAUGAAUCUUUUAAUAAUAUGGAGGAAAGUUCUACAUCCAGUAUUUGUGAAGAAAUACCAUCAUACUUAAAUUCUUAUAAUGAAAAAGAAGAAUAUGAAGAAGAUAUUACAAAUGAUACUUAUAAAAAUAUAUUAUCGAAUGUGUUUGUAAAUAGAAACAAGAAAAAAAUGAUAUUCGAAAAAUAUGAUGAUAUUAGAAUAUUAGAUAAUAUAUCAUGGACUAUCUUGUUGAAGAAAUAUAUUUUUAUGAUUCUAUAUACUAUGAAGCAUUGUAUUAUAUUUAAUGAUAAGGAAGAAAAGAAGGGUAAUAUUAAUAUAGGAGAUGAUAAGAAUGGACUCACUGAUAAGUGCCAUAAUAUUGAUACAUGCAAUAAUAUUGAUACAUGCGAUAAUAUUGAAAAUUGUAAUAUCGAUGAGUAUGAUAAUAAACAUGAAAAUAUUAAUGAUGAUAAUCAAAUUGGUGUUACAAUAAAUGAGUCCAAUGAUAUAUUAACAGAUAAUAAUAAUAAUAAUAGUAAUAAUAAUAAUAAUAUUUUAAAUAGUGAAGAGAAUAAUUCAAAAAAUGUGAUAGAUAACAAUUUAAAUGUUAAAGAAGUUAUAACUAAUAAUACUGAUAAAGAAGAACUAUUAUUUGAUCCAUAUUUAAAAACAAAUGAUAGUACUGAUAUAUUAGAUGAUGUAUUAUCAUGUUAUAAUGAGAACGUAGAUAUAGAUGAUGACAAAUGUUAUCAUAUCAAUAUGUCUCAUAAUUUGAAUGGAGAUAAAAAUAAAAAAAAUAUGUUUAACAAUUUAACUUCUUUAUAUAGUGUAAAUUUAGAUAAUAUAAAUUUAAGAAAAUAUAAAAUGAUGUGGUUACUUAAUGUGAAUAAAAAAUAUUUACAAUAUAAUGAAUUUGUUGAUCUGAUUGAUAUUUGGAACUUUUUAUGUAAAGAAAAUAAUACAUAUGAAAUGUUAAAUGAAACUGAUAAAAUGAAAAUAAUAAUUUUCUUUAUAAAUAUUAUAAAAGAUAGUAAUAUAUGUAAUGAAUUUGUAAAAAGAAAUAUUAGUUCUAAUAAGACAAUUUUAAAUGUUGAUCAUUUAAAUAAUUCAAUGAAUUAUAUAUUAGAUGAACAAAAACAAAAUAAUAUUAUAAAACAAAAUGAUGUUUCUAAUAUGUCUUUAAAUAUUAAAGAGAUAAAUACAAAUAGCUUAUUAUAUAAAUGUGAAAAUGUUAAUGUUUCUACAAAAGAAGAAGAAAAAAAUAUUCUAUCUUAUGUAAGUAAUAAUAAAGUAAUAAAUAAUGAUGAUGAUAUCAAUAUGGAUCAUUUAAAGAGUGAAAAAAUAAAUAUAAUACCCCUUGAACACAAAUUGUUGAAACCAACAAAUGGUCUUACAGAUAAGGAUAUGAAUGAUAAUACAUGUAAUAAUAGUAAUAUUUGUAUUAUGAAAAAUGAAUAUUUAGGAGAUGACAGAUAUGAUAAUAAAUAUUAUUAUCUUGCAGAUAUUUUUGGUUAUAUAAAUAGAAUAUAUGUUCUUUAUUCUAAUAAUAAAAAGGUAAGGAAUGAUGAAAAUGAUAACACAUAUAAAGCAAAUAACAACAACAAUAAUGAUGAUAAUAAUAAUAAUAAUAAUGAUGAUAAUAAUAAUGAUGAUAAUAAUAAUAAUAAUAAUUAUUAUAAUUGUUCUAAUAUCCCUGAAGAGAUAAUAAAUUCUUUUAUGUCUUAUCAUAUUCAACAAAACAUAAAUACAAGAAUGGUUUCUAAGUGUAAUAUAAAUAUUGGAUAUAUUGAAGGAAUAUAUAAUAUCGAUCUUUUUAUUAACAAUUUUGAUACAUCCAUUUAUAAAGAAUCAAACUUGAAAAAAAAAUUUAUCGAAAUAAAAGAUAUUAUACUGAACGAAGAAUUAAAUAUUUUAAAGAAUAAUUUUAAAGAAGAAAAAUGUAAUAUUAAAGAGGUGAAUCACAACAAAUAUAAUGAUAAUAAUUUAGAAGGUACUAUAACUGAUAUGGGAGAUGAAGAAAGUUUAAAACAUACAAAUGAUUUUAUAUUAAAUGAGCAAAAUUUUGAUAAGGAUUAUAUAGGAAGGAAAAUAUCUGAAUCACCUACUAAAAGAAGAAAUCCUGAUAGAUCUACUCCUGUUAAGGAGAAUAGUCAAAGUAAAGGAAAUAGUCAAAGUAAAGGAAAUAAUCAAAGUAAAGGAAAUAAUCAAAGUAAAGGAAAUAAUCAAAAUAAAGAAAAUAAUCAAAGUAAAGGAAAUAAUCAAAGUAAAGGAAAUAAUCAAAAUAAAGAGAACAAUCAAAGUAAAGGAAAUAAUCAAAGUAAAGGAAAUAAUCAAAGUAAAGGAAAUAAUCAAAGUAAAGGAAAUAAUAAAAAAGAUAUAAAAGAAAAUAUAAAUAUAGAAGAGAAGAUUAUAUAUUUCACAGAAAAUGAAAAAUUAUUUGAACAAGUUUUCUUUAUUUGUGAAAAGAUUCUUCAUUUUAGAAAAGAAAUAAAUAAUUUAUUAUCUGUAACUUAUGAAAGACAAAUUGAUAGAAAAAUAUAUAAUUUUAUAAAUUAUAGUAUGCAUCAUAUUAUUAAUGGAACAGUAACAAAGAAUACUAUAAAAUUAAUAUUUAAUAAAUAUAUACAUAUCUUAUAUAUAAUAGAAAAAUGUAUGUGUUCAAAUAAUCCUUGCUAUUUUAUAAAAAAAAAAUGGAUACCCUUAUUUCAUAAACAAUGGAAUGAUGAUAUUGCAUUAAUACAAAAUCAAAUCGAAGAUAAUAUGGAUGUAUUAAAUAUAUUCGAUAUUUUACCUCUAUUAAAUAUAUAUUUUAAUUUCUUCUAUAUAUAUGGAAUCAAUAUUAAAGCCUUAUAUAAAUGGAAAAAUUAUAAUAUUGAGCAAAGAAUAUUGAGCAAAUAUAAAGAAGAGUCUAUUAUGUGGAGUAAUGAAGUUAAAUAUUUGGAAAAAUUUUUUAUGAAGGAUUAUAAUAAAAAUUAUGAGAAAAUGAUGGCACGCAAAAAUAAAAAAAAUGAACUUGAACAAAAAAUAAAGGAUCAACAGAAAAGAGAAGUAAAUAAAAAUAUCGAUGGUGAACAGAAAAAGAAUGAUGAAGGAAAUAUAAAAGAUGAUGAAAAUAUAAAAGAUGAUGAAAAUAUUAAAGAUGAUGAAAAUAUAAGAGAUGGUGAUAAUAUUAAAGAUGAUGAAAAUAUUAAAGAUGAUGAAAAUAUUAAAGAUGAUGAAAAUAUUAAAGAUGAUGAAAAUAUUAAAGAUGAUGAAAAUAUAAGAGAUGGUGAUAAUAUUAAAGAUGAUGAAAAUAUAAGAGAUGGUGAUAAUAUUAAAGAUGAUGAAAAUAUUAAAGAUGAUGGAAAUAUUAAAGAUAACGAUAAUAUUAAAGAUGAACAAAAAAUGAAUAAUGAUGAAAAUAUUAAAGACGAACAAAAUAAUAAAGACCAACAAAAUAUUAAGGAUGACCACAAAAUUAGUGAUAAUGAAAAUACUAAAAAUGAAGAAGUCGAAAGUGAAAAAUCAUCAACUGAUGAAGAAGACACAGAAGACGAAAUUAUUAUCCAAAAAAAAAAAAAAAUGAAUGCUUUAAGAAAAAAUUUAUUUGAAUAUAUGCCUUUUCAAAAGAACGAAAAAUAUUUCUACUUUAAAGAAGGACAUAUGGAACAUAUAAAUAAGUUUAAAGAUUAUCAUACAAUUUAUAAGAAGGAUGAUAAUCUUGAUGAAUUUGCAAGUGUGGAACAACUACACGUACAUGAUAUUAAAAUAUAUUUUAUUCCUAAAAUACAAAAAACAAAUCAAGAAGAUAAAAAUAAACAAAGAAACAAAAAUGAUAUAAAUGUAGAACAACAAAAUAUGUUAUUACAUACAUGUCAAAAAGAACAAUAUACUUUACAUGGAAAUAUAAUUAGAAAUAAUAAACAUUAUGAUAAUUAUAAUAAUAAUUGUUGGAAAUGUAUUAAAGGAUAUCCUAUUCAUAAUAUAACAUCAUUUACAAAAUUGAAAAAAAAAAAAAAAAAAAAUCCUCAUAUAAGUAAAGAUUAUAUAAAUAACAAUCAAAUAGAAUAUACAUUUGAAGAAUUACAAUUAACACAAAAUAUGAAAAAGAAGAAAAAACAAAAAAUGAAAAAAAAAAAAAAUCAAACAUUUCAUAUUAUAAAUAAUGAAAUGAUAAAUGAUCGUAUAUAUUAUAAAUUAUAUAAUGAUAUAUUUGAAAUAAAAAAUAAAAUUCAAAACAAUGAUUAUAUUAUCAACGAAAAGAAAGUUAAUAUAUUUAAUUCAAAAAAUACAUCACAUAUAGGAAAUAUAGCAAAUACUAUUAAUUUAACAAUUAAUGAUAAUGUAUCAAGUGUAUACCAUCAUAUCAUGAAUAAAGAUCAAAAUAUUGUACAACAAAAUGAUAUAUACAACAAUAAUAAUUAUAUAAAUCAAACUGAAAAUCAUAUUAAUAAUCAUAAUGAUAUAUACAAUAAUCACAAUCAAUCAUGUCUUUUAUUAUGUCAAUUACAUUGUACUAUUUUAUCACGUCAACAUGAAAUAGCUGAUAUCUUAUAUAAAAAAUUAAAUUUUGAAAAUAAAAAUACUACUAUACAAAAUAAUAUAAAACAUACAAAUAUUUAUUUGUUCAAUUUAUAUUUUGAUGAAAAUAUGAAAACAUUAUUAUACAUUAUACCAUCCAAAAAAAUUUAUAAAUCCUUGAAUAGUAAUUGGAAGGUUGGUUUAAAAUGUAGAAUACAAAAGCCAUUAUGCGCUACUAAUUAUAAUGCAUAUUCAGCUAGAAUCAGAAAGAUUAUUUAUGAUCCUCAACAUUUAUGGAAAUGUGUAACAGUGAAAAAAGACACUCAGAAAUUUAAUAAAAAUUCAAUAAAUCAAAAAGUCAACUUUUGGGAAUUAACUAAAAAGAAAAAUGUGUAA